UCCAUCAUGAGAUGAUCUACAUGCUUUCACUGCACUUAUCUUGUACUGCAUUUCUCGAACUUGCACCUCGAGGAUUUUAACGCUGUUCAAACUAAAUGGACCUGAUUUUUUUUUUUUUAAAGAUUCAAAAAUCUGAAGCUUUGUUCCGGAGUUUUAUCGAGCGCUGUUGGAGUGAAAGUGUUUAGUCUGGUGGGCUUGUUGCUUCCUGUUUUUGUAUUAUUGUGGUUGCGGCUAAAAAUACGAGAUCGUGAGAUGCAGAACCCGUAGCGUUUCUCUUUCCCACUCGUCGCCCGUUUUUGUCGUUAUCGUCGUAAAUAAGUUAUAAAACCGCUUUAAAUAGUCGCGUUUAUAUCCGUUCGUUAGUUUGAUGAGCCUAAAGUUUGCUAAGAUUCCGUUAGCUAGCGGGCUAGCACGCUAUGCUAGCUGACCACCAAAUCUCUUUACACCAUGUAAACGUACAAGAAAACUCUCUGUAUUUUUUCUUUUGUUUAUUUUUUUUGGCUUUAAUCCGUCAGAAAGCCCUCCAGGACCGAGUCUGGAAAGCAAAAAAGCUUCUCAGCCUCUGUCUGGAUUUUUGCCGGAAUAUGCCGUGACGUGCCGGUCAGUCUGUGAGCGCCAACAGGAUCCCGUUAGGUAACGUUUCCCUCAAGUCUGCGAAUAGAGAAGGACAUGGACAGCUCGGUCACUCUGUGGCAGUUCCUGCUGCAGCUUCUGUUGGAUCCCAGCAAUGACCAGCUCAUCUGCUGGACCAAUGACGACGGAGAGUUCAAACUGCUGCAGGCAGAGGAGGUGGCCAGAUUAUGGGGUGCCCGCAAGAAGAAACCCAGCAUGAACUACGACAAACUCAGCCGGGCUCUGCGUUACUACUACGACAAGAACAUCAUCAAAAAAGUAAACGGGCAGAAGUUUGUUUAUCGUUUUGUAUCGUACCCUGAUAUCCUAAAAGGAGAUGCCAUGUCUAGGAUAGAGGGCGCAGACGGCAGCUCCAACGGACCUCUGCCCCUCUCCGACAAACCUGCAAACAUCUCCAGGGAUAAAGACAGCAAAGCCGUCCCAGAUCGAGGUGCAGGAACACCGGGUCAGUCCAAACCGUCCAGCCGGAAUGACUAUAUCCACUCCGGCUUGUAUACGUCCUUCACGUUGACCUCUCUGCAGUCGGGAACGCAGCUUUUUAAAUCCAUGAAGAUCGAAAAUCCAGGAGAAAAGCUAAUGGAGAAAAAGGCAGCCCAAGAAUCGCCCCAGCCACCCACCGUCAUUAAAUUCGGGACCAUGCCACAGAGCAAACACAGCGCUCCGUCUGUUAUAGGGAUGCCUGAACUUCUAGCACAAUCUGCUCAAGCCUCACUGCCCGCUCUGACGGAGCAAGAGGCCAAACAGGCCGCCGUCUCGCACGUAGUGUGUGCGUUUGUGGACAAUCCCACCUCAGAGAACGCCAUGAUGGGCUUCCCGUUCUCAAGAAUCUCUUCAUCGCCUCUCACUCGUUCCCAGUCGCCAUCCUCCUCUCCGAUGACGGACUCCCAGGAGCUGGUGAUUGACAGCGAAAUCGAGUCCCUCUCCUCACAGCCUUCAGAGUUACAGCUGCAGGAUCAGCCCACCUCUGUUUCCAAGGGCACUGUAGCAGUGUCUGAGAUGUCUGAAUCUCCACCACGCAAUCUCAGCGGAAAGUCUAAGAAGCCCAAAGGCCUGGAGUUGAUGCCCACGCUGGUGGUGACCAGCUCUGACCUCAGCCCUCUCAGUCUGUGCAGCCCAUCCCUCCCAACGGCCUCUCUCACCCCAGCCUUACUGCAGACACCCCUGCUGCUCACACCCAGCCCACUUCUGUCCAAUAUCCAUUUCUGGAGCACACUCAGUCCGGUGGCACCCCUCAGUCCAGCCCGGAGGCAGGGCACGCAUACCCUCUUCCAGUUUCCGUCUGUCCUGAGUUCCACACAGUUCUCUGUUCCCGUGUAUAAUUUAGACGGCACCAACACGCCCGGCCCUCUCUCGCCCGACCCACAGAAGACAUAAGACGGGGACAAAGACCGGCACACUUCAUCUUUGCCUCAUGCUCUUGAUUGAUAAACACAGAUUAACCUCAUUCUGUUCACCUGAUUUGGGACCCUUCAGGUAACAAAGAUUUAUGACCGCCGUUGAAGCGUCAAGAGCAUCCGUUUGACUCUCGAACCUUUGCGAUGUCACCGCUACUUUUCCUUCGGAUGUAUAUCAAGCCAUCAGACGGUGUCUGCGGGACACUGUAAAUCUUUCGUUUCUAUUUUUUUUUUAAAAUGCGCUGGUCUUCAGGGAUCGGCGCUAGUGUGACUAAAGCAGAUGGCCGUUGAUCUGCACAGCUGCCAAAAUGGGAUUUCAUCUCAAAACGUCCAUUGUUCGAUCGUCAGAUUGAAUGUCCUUGCGUUUUGUUUCUCGUGGAUCAGACGCAGAAGAGAUUCUCACGUGACGUCGGCGCCGUGUGUUUGUACAGCGAGAUCCUUGUUCUGCUUUGGAUAAAGACGGAUCAUUUUGUACAUAAUCCAACAAGUUCACCUCGUCUCAACUCGUGUUUGCCUUUUGUUUGAGAAGUUCUCAAACAAACCUGCCUUGCCAAGCUAAACCGCCCCUUUGCCUUGUGAUUUUGAUAAUGGUGACCUCUGUUUUAUCUUGUACCUUUCCUCAUGCUGCUCUUACCGCCAUGCGUUUAAAGUGUUCUGUAAUGACAUAAACAGCACUGCACUUAUUAGGGCUUUCGCUCCUAUUCCUGUUUACUAGCCAUCCAGAAAGUAGUGAACUAGUUGGCUUAUUUUACUAAAAUAAUGUCCCCCAGGGACGCAGUUUGCGUACAGCUUGCCUGUCUACAUCUACAAUUCGGCGGUUCGCUCGGCGACGCUAACGGGCGCAACCUUCAAACACUUUGUCCUUCGAGAGCCACAUGAACACAAUCACUUGACGUAACGAAUACAAUCAGAAUCAGUAGAAGUUUAUUUGGGAUAAUUCACCAAGUCAUUCCAAACCUGUAUGUCUUUCUUUUUUUAUGAGGAACGCAAUCUUUCGGGCGAACAACGUUCGCAACAUUCGACCCCAUUGACCUUCGAUUCGGAGACGUAUAAUUGCAAAUAUCAUCUUUUGUGUUCCAAAGAAGAAAUAAAGUCAUGGGGGUUUGCAACAAAAUGACAUUUCGUUCACUUAUGAAUAUUGAGGCUAACACUCAGGGCGUUCUUGAUGUAACCCUCAUCACGCUUUAAAAUGACAUCUUAUAACAUUAACCCCAUCUUUUUUUGGUGCUUUGACCAUGAUGCACAUUUUUGAGUACGGCAGAUUGGCGUCGCUCACGCUGCAAUGCUUGAUGGCGACUGUGUAAUGAAGCGUGUUUCCAAACACGCCCCAACGCCAUUGAACCAUUACCGUAACGCCACCAGAUAUGCCCCAUGCUUAUCAUGCAAAUCUUUUCGUAUAAACCAUUUCCUCCUCUCUGAAAGACUGGAAGCCAUUAGGAAUGAUUUCAGUUGAGUGGGAAAACCCAAGGACUUGCUUUACUCCAAUAGACCGCCGCUUCACCAUUAAUCUAAUGGAGCGUACACAGCAUAAAAUGGAAUGGAACGGCACCGGCUCAGUGCUUAAAGCCUUAUCCCGCCAUUAGGAUGGUUGGAUUGCUGGCGAUCGGUUGGAUGUGUACCGUAACUGGAUGGCUGUCUGUAGAGCCUGUGCCAAAUGCUCAAAACCAUUCCUGCAUUUGUCAGCUUUCCCAGUGUUGUGCAAGAUUCAAUCCCCCUGCAGAAUGCAAUCUACCUUGGACAACGAGGCAAAGCUGUUUGUAAUGCCCAGUCAGAAGUGUCUGCCAUUGUUGUAGCUGGUUAGCAAGGUCCAGUUAAAGGAAUAGUUCACCCAAAAAUGAAAAUUCUGUCAUCAUUUACUCAUCCUCGAGUGAUUCCAAAUCUGAAUGAAUUUCUUUGUUCUGCCGAACACAGAGGAAGACGCAACCAGGCUGU